AUGUUUAAUUCAUUUAACUCCACGUUGCGCGCGGCGGGGAAGUCUUGGCGCGCGGAGCACAAAGCUGCUCGGACGUUGGGCAUCAUAGUCGGAGCCUUCCUGCUUUGCUGGCUACCGUUUUUUCUUUGGUACGUGACAACCAACGUCUGCGGUGAGCCCUGUGAGACCCCCGACGUAGUUGUCGGCGUGUUGUUCUGGAUCGGCUACUUCAACUCCGCCCUCAACCCGCUCAUCUACGCGUACUUCAACAGGGACUUCCGCGACGCCUUCAAAAACACUCUCAUGUGCGCGUUACCUUGCUGCUUCAGUUGCUGGAAGGAUACUAGUAAUGCUCACUUUGUGUGA